AUGCCGCGAUUGCGGCAGGCGCUGCUCUUCCAAGGUCUCGAGGGCGCCGCGAGCAAGGCACGCGACGAGGCAACGGGGGCCAAGUUCACCGAGCCGCCCAAGCCGAAGAGCAUCACCGCCCUGCAGGGCCAACAUAAGAAGCUUGAGGGCCAGCACCAGAAGGCGCUCGCCAAGGUCCUCGAGCUCGAGGAGCAGCGCGCCAAGCUCGACAAGCAUAUCAGCGACGCCAAGGAGUCCGUCGCAGAGCUCAAGGUCAAGCUGGAGAACGCCGACGCCGAGAUCGAAUCCCGCCACGCAGCGGGGGUGCUCGGGGACGGCUUCAAAGGCUUGGCCAAGGUGCUCGAGCAGUUCAAGGCUACGGCGGUCGACAGUCAGGCUGUCCUCCAGGACCUCACCCAGCUCCAGGAUGCCGUCAAAAAGGAGCAGGAGACCCUCGACGCGGCUGCCGCUCCUGAAGCACCUGCUGGUGAUUCUCUGGCAGCAGCGGCGGGGAUGGCCACGCGUGCGACGCUGACGGCGCAGGCCGAGGCGGGUCUCCAAGGUGAGGGGCCAGCGCAGAGGCCAGCAGCCGACACCACCUUCGUCCAGGAGACGCGGGUUCGUGAAGGCGGACGUGAGGGAGUCCAGCGCUGGCGUCGUAAGCGCGGCAUCGACUUCGACCUGGCAGCUGGGCUCAGCACGGGCGAGGGGCCACAGGCCGUCUCAGGUGAAGUAGGUAUCGGGGUUCGACAGCAGUUCGCUGUCGCCGCGCUCGCCACCAAGUGCAUGCAGCCUCACCGCGUACUCAGCCGGGUGGUCAACCUAGGUGACAGGCUCGCCAUCGACCUCGCGUCUGUGUACCUCCGCGAUGGCGAGGACAUGAGUGAGGCUAACGGAGUCGCAACGUGGGCUGCGUCGGCUGGAGGUUUUGCACUACACGCUGGAGCGGCUACUUGCAGGGCGGGGGCCUUGACGGAGCCCGAUUUCGCGGUCAUCGCCGACGAGCUCCGGCCGUUCGUGUUCAACCAUGGGCCAGUCCUCGAGGCCCCCACUUGGCCCCGCAGUCCAGUGCUGCUCGAGGCCGCCAUGGAGGAAUGGCUGCAGCGCGCCAAGGACUACCUUCUCCCGCUGUUCGACUUGCACGGUGACGAGGCCAAUAAGUUCUCGAGCAGGGCCGUGGGCGUGCGCUUCGUCAAGGCGCCGCUGGCCGACGCCACCCGUUGCCGCUGGGCGCAGUUCAGCUCGCGCGCCACCCGCGCCUGGGGCGGCCUGGUCAGCCUGACGCAGCGUGCCGACCUGCUGGCGGCAAGAGGGGCGGACCCCCACAGCCUGCAUAGCCUGCGCGGUCGCCUCGUCGCGACGCGCAUCCCCGUCUGCGACGGCAGCGAAGCCCCCCUGGGCAGGUGCGAGCUGGCCAUUGCGGCCACCUCAGGUGGCGCAGCCAUCGAGCGCGCUCGGGCUCGGCAGCAGGCCAGCCAGCGCAACGAUGCAGCAGCCGCCUGCAAGCAGUGGCAGGCGGCCCUUGUCAGCGUUGACGACGACGACCUCGCACCCCCCGUCAACGGCGACGAGGCGGUGGAGCACUGUCUCAAGGAGUGGCCCCCCCUCUGGCUGGACACUCGCCGCAGGGGUGGCCUCGAGGAAGAUGCCGGCUGGGGCGCCUCUGAGCUGCUGCCCAACCUCGAGGUGGACGACCUCAGAUUCCUGCUCAAGCGGUGCGGUCGCUGGGCGGGCUUGGGAUGGGAUCAGCUACAUCCGAGGCGCUUGCUCCUAGUGGCCGAGCCCUUCCUGCGCGGGCUCAUUGAGGUUCGGGCCAGCCGGGGGGACACGCCCGCAGCCUACCUUGAGUGGCUGUCGGUCAUCGUCUUCCGAACCGAGCCCGAUGGUGGCAGGAGGCUGAUAGCUCCCACAUGUCUGCAGCUGCGCCUCUGGCCAGCCCUGCGCGGGCCCAUCGUCAGGACGUGGGGGGCGCAGCACCGCGAGGCCUGGUACAUCGGAGGGGAGCUCAACACGUGCGAACGGGCUGGUUGGGCCCACCAGACCUUCGCGGCCCUGGGCCUACACUGGCACUGUGCUGGGCGACCUACGCACGCUCUACGAGAACAACGCGCAUGGGACUGGAUGCGCUACCUCGUGGAUGGGACCUUCAGCCGAGAAGCGACAGCCUGCCUCGAGAAACUGAAUGAGCACAACUUGGGAUUUGAUCGGGAACGCUCCCAGCUGGCUGGCUCUCUGAAGGCCAUAAGGGCAUUGUUCGACGUGGACACAUAUGAUAACGAUUCAUAUUGGCUUGAUUUGAAGGACCAGAAGAGGCGUGAUAACCGCAAGGGCCUCGCGCUGGCCGGUGCCGUGGCCCUCGCGGCCGUGCCCUGCCUCGUCGCGCGCUCGCGGGCGCCCGCCGGGGCCCACGGCGAGCCGGCGCGCGCCGCGCCCGUACGCGCGCUCUUCGUCUCCGUCGCCGAGGCCCCGUGGCCGCCGCGAGACCUCGCCGCCGCCGGACACUGA